CAAAUUAAUUUGAUUUGCAGUGUAAUUCCACACCAAAUUGGUAAUUUAACAUGUUUGCAACUUCUCGAUUUAUCUAGUAAUUCUCUAACAGGACAGAUUCCAAUUACCUUGGGUAAUCUAAGAUAUCUACAUCUGCUGGACAUAUCGGAUAAUGAUUUAAGCAGCACACUGUCAUCCUCGAAGAGCAGCUUUCAAUCAUCAUUAGCAAACUGCAGGGAAUUGAGUUACUUGUCAUUUGCAAGAAAUCCAUUGAUCAGUGGUUACCUUCCGGCUUUUAUAGGAAAUUCGUCGAUUCCUCUUCAAUAUUUCGAUGCUUCGAGCUGCAACAUUAGUGGCAGAAUUCCAGGGGAAAUUGGGAACUGGAAUCCAACGAAUUUGAGAUAUCUUGGCCUUAAUGGAAAUCAACUGGAAGGGAUACUGCCGUUAUCUUUGAUUAAUUGCAGCGAACUAGUAGUUCUGAAUGUUGCAAACAACAACUUCAGUGAUACCUUUCCCCAUUGGUUAGGCAUGCUUCCAAGGCUGCGAGUUCUUAUUUUGAGAUCUAAUAGAUUCCAUGGUUCCAUUCAGGACUCCUUAACCAAUUUUUCCUUCUCCAAAUUGCAAAUGGUUGAUCUCUCUCAUAAUGACUUCACAGGCUUAUUGCCAACCGGGUUCUUCCAAAAUCUCAAGGCUCUGAAAGAAGAAGUUGGAUAUGAUUCUGAAUAUUUUUCAUACUCUGUUAAUUUAACAAUAAAAGGUUUGGAGCUAGAGUUUACAAAAACCGUACAUAUGCCCAUAUUCACAUGCAUAGAUUUGUCGGACAAUGGAUUCCAUGGAGAAAUUCCUAAGGUAGUUGGAGAGCUUAGAUUGCUUCUUGCACUCAAUCUCUCUCAUAAUAGCCUGACUGGUCCUAUCCCACCGUCAUUUGGGAAUUUGGCAGCACUUGAAUCAUUAGAUCUCUCAUUUAAUAAGCUGAGUGGCAGAAUCCCUUCUCAAUUGACAAAUUUGACAUUUCUUGAAGUGUUAAGGUUUUGGAACAAUAAUCUUGUGGGGCCCAUUCCCCAAGGCAAGCAAUUUAAUACAUUUGAAAACGACUCUUAUCGAGGGAACUUGGGUUUGUGUGGAUUCCCAUUGUCAAAGGAAUGUAGAAAUGAUGAAAGAUCACAACAAGCACAAGAUGAGGAAGAUAAUGGAAAUGGAAUAGCUUUUAUUUGGAAAGUUGCGAUGAUGGGGUAUGGAUGUGGAAUGGUGUUAGGAAUUAGCAUUGCAUAUAUUGUAUUCGCGACAGGAAGACCAUGGUGGCUUGUAAGAAUGAUUGAGAGAGACUUGCAAAACAAAGUUUCAAGCUGGUUUGGGAAGAAAAGAGAGUAGCCCUGCAAAUCCAUCUUUAUAUGAAUGAGUCCGAGAAAAGAUGAAGUUCCUCAGCUUCCAUAAGAGCAAGAUGUCAUGUAUGUUCUGCACCGAUAGCUGCUUCUCUCCGUGGAAAGUAUGUUCUGAUAAUGGGUGUUCUUAGUGAUAGUUUGCUUUGGUUUUUCAGUUUUUCCUUGCAUAGUUUUUCAGCUUUCAUGGUGUGGGAUUUUAACAUUUCGCAAGAAGUUGAUUUGUUUUCAAGUUUUGAAACAAAUUGCAACACCCACUAUAAAUACUUCUUUAUUUUAGACAAGUGUUUGUGUGAUAAAUUUUUGUAACCUCACUAACCCAGCCUAGACGUUAGACCCAAAUUCAAAAGAUUACAUUAGUCAUUGAAAUGGCUCAGUGAA